AUGGUCGCGGCGGGGAAGAAGGUGGUGCUCCUGUCCAACACUGCGCACCGCUCGUGCGGCCUCCCCAUCAAGCUGGGACCCAUGGGCUUCUCCACCGACUUCCAGGGCGUCACCGGCGGCGAAGUGUGUCACGACUACCUGCUCGAGAGACGCGACACGCACGCGCGCUGCUCGCUCAUGACCUCAGACCUGGACGGCAAGGUCACCAAGAGCGCGUCGAACCCAGAGUCCAUCUUCCACGGUCUGGACGUGGAGAUCGUGGGUCUGGACAAGGCCCAGUUCCUUAUGGUGGAGGGCACGCAGCAGGUCUGCUACAGCGACCGCGUAGCCGAGAUACUGUCGACGGACUUCCGCCACACCGGCGAAGUGAACGACGCUAUGAAGGAGUUCCUCCGCGGCGGUCUGGAGCGCAAGCUGCCGCUGCUGUGUCCGAACCCGGACGUGCUGGCCGUUGUCACCAACGACCGUUUCGUGCACAUGGGAGGUGGCAUCGCCAAGCUCUAUGAAGAAAUGGGCGGAGAGGUCGUCUACUUCGGCAAGCCGAUGAAGGAGCACUUCGAAGUGUGUCUGCGCUUGGCGAAUGCGACGGACAAAUCGAAGGUUGUGCACAUUGGUGACUCGCUUCAUCACGACAUCCAGGGUGCGAAGAAUACUGGAGUCGACAGCAUCUUCAUCGCUGGUGGUGUCCACGCCAAGGAACUCAAUGUGAAUGCGUGGGGUGCAACUGAAGAGGAGCUGCGUGUGAAGCCUGAUCUUCUUGAGAAGCUGCUCGGGAAGACGCAACUGGACCCGACGUACACCAUGACGCGCUACACGUGGUAG